ACCUAAGAUAGGUUAUGAAGUGUUGAGAACCACAGCAGCACAGCCUAAGAGUGAGAGCUAACAUUUUUCUUUUAAACUGACUGAAAUUCUGAAUCAAUCUAUCUGCUUGAUCUUGAAGGUCUUGGGACUUGGACUAUUGUCAAGCUUGAAGUCUAAAUUCUAAGUAUAGGCUACCUACUUAAAAUGGCUGAUCAUCCUAAAGAUGUAACAAUCACCGAUGAACAUCCUAAAACACUUCUGCGAGACAAGCAUGUGGAAUAUAUUGUCAGCUACUCUAAGAAGAAAGAUGAUUUUGAAUACACCAUGACCGAGCACAUCCGCAUGUCUGGCAUGUACUGGGGAAUUACUGCUGUUGACCUACUGGGCUGCCUUGGCCGCAUGGAUCACACAGAAAUUGUGUCGUUCAUUCAGCAGUGUCAGGACAAGACAUCAGGGGGUAUUGCUCCCAGCAUCCAACACGACCCUCACAUGCUCUCAACUCUGAGUGCUGUGCAGAUCCUUGUCCUGCUGGACUCUGUGUCAAGCAUAGACGUGGAAGGAGUUGUUCGUUAUGUGUCAGGUCUACAGAACAGCGAUGGCUCCUUCAAUGGCGACAAGUGGGGAGAAGUUGACACACGCUUUUCUUUCUGUGCUGUAGCUUGUCUAAGGCUUCUUAACCGCCUGGAUGCCAUCAACAAAGAGAAGAGUGUUGAGUUCGUCAUGAAGUGCUCCAAUAUUGAUGGUGGCUUUGGCACACGACCUGGGUCCGAGACUCAUGCUGGCCAGAUCUACUGCUGCUUAGGCAUGCUCUCGAUUCUAGGUGAGCUGAACCGAGUUGAUUUUGACACGCUGGGCUGGUGGCUAUGCGAGCGACAGCUGCCUUCAGGAGGACUUAAUGGCAGGCCUGAGAAGCUACCUGAUGUGUGCUACUCAUGGUGGGUGCUGUCAUCGCUCACGCUGCUCAACAGGCUGCAUUGGAUCAACCCUGACAAAAUGAGGACUUUCAUUCUGGCAACUCAGGAUCCUGAGACAGGGGGCUUCACAGACAGGCCUGGAGACGUGCCUGACUUGUACCAUACUCUCUUUGGCCUGGCUGGCCUAUCGCUGCUCGGAGACACUUCGCUGAAGCGGAUCAAUCCGGUCUUUUGUAUGCCUCAAUACGUUAUAGAUAAAUUAAACAUCUCAAUACAGAUUGUUGGAGACGACUAGAAUCACUAGACGAUGGCUAGUUUUGUUAGUUUUUUGGUGUAUCGUACAUUUGAGAAAUAUAUUUUAUGGAUUCCUGUG